AUGGUUGCAGUUUUGAUAGUAGACGAAGACAACAGGAGCAGGGCAAAGCCCAGCGACUCCCAGGCCCCCCAGGACUGCAGCAAGCUCGUCAUCCGCAACGUCCCCUUUGAAGCGAACAAGAAGGAGCUGCGAGACCUGCUGUCGUCGUUCGGGGAGCUGACGAGCCUGAGGCUGCCGAGCAAGUUCGACGGGAGCCAUCGGGGCUUCGCGUUCGCGGAGUUCGUGACGUGUUAUGCGGAAGAUCAGAUUCCCAAGGCCAUGUGCUUCUCCUCCUUUCCUGGCUGCAUGAAAUGUGCCUGGAUGUAUCGCACAGAUCGCGCCAGACAGAUCAGCCGCCUCCUCUUCUCCUCUGACAGAUGCUCCGCCCUGGCAAGCUGCGAGCUGCUCAGCCCCAGGCACUCGAGCUCGACCAGCAGCGACUCCUCGGGGUCGUCGAUGGAAGGGAGGCUGAGCUCGUCGAAGGAGGGCUGGGGAGAGCAGGAGGAGGAGUAG